ACGGUAGGAACAUGGCGGCCCCUGUACGGCAUGUGCGGUGUGGAUGACGGAGGAGGCUGCCGGAGUGUUGCGUUGUAGCUGUGUGAACGAUCACUAACAUCAUGAUCACCCCGGCAUUCGAGCUGAGCCAGGACUCCGAUUUCCUGCUGCUGAGAAUCCGGGUUCCCUACACCAGGGCAGCCGAGUUUGACCUCUACAUCGACGGAGAGGAUUUCAAAUUCUACGCCAAGCCCUACUUCCUAAGAUUGACGCUUCCCGGAAGAAUCGUAGAGGAUGGAAGAGAAAAGGCGUCAUUUGAUAUUGAUAAAGGUCUCUUUACCCUUCGUGUCCCCAAGGAAUCACCAGGAGAGAACUUCGAGGGCCUGGACAUGUUGACUAGUCUGAUGGCUCCCAAAGGCUCCAGAUCAGCCAAGCCCCUCGUCGAGGAGAUGGAUACCUGUGAUGGUGCUAUAGGCGGUGAAGAAGAAGAGGAUGACUUUGACUGGCAGAUGGAGCAGGAAGCAUAUGUGGAGAGCUCAGAAGAGGAGCUCAGAUCCCUCCAGAAAUACGGAUUUGGAAACCAAAGGUCCGGGGUGUUUACCAGGCUGCAGGAGGAGCUCGGUGACGUCGUCGAUGUGAAGAACCCAGACUCCAGCACGGCCUCGGAGAGGCGGAAGGAUCGCCUCGCAGCCGAAGACACCAUUUUCUGCCACGACCAUUACCUCGUCAACUUAUUUGAAAAUGAGGAAAUCGAGAAGCUGCUUAAGUUUCGCCCAUGGUGGAGCAAGUGUGGCCAAGAUGGAGCGCAGGCGGAGUUCGGCCAAGCAGGGAUCUUCACGGAUGAGGAGCGGGACCAGCUGAGGAGGUUCACCAACCGCUCCUACCUGCUGGAGAAGAAGACGCUGCAGCAUGUUUGGCUGGGUCUAGUGGAUAUCAUACUGGCGUACGCGUAUGACACUCGCAUCACUGAGGAUGAGCACUGCGUGGAAUCAGCUUGGAAUAUCAGGAAGGUCAGCGGGACCCUCUGCUGGCUUGAGACCUACAGCACUCUGCAGGAAGUCUUGGUGUCUUUUGGACGAAGAUGCCUGUGUUACCCACUGUUCAGACACUUUGACCUCAUCACCACAGUCAUCCAUGAUGCAGCCUUAAUAUUCCAGUCAGGGAAGGCCUGUGUGCUUAAGUGCCUGCUGGACGUUCACAAGAUCUUCAGGGAAAAUGACCCCGCCUACAUUCUCAAUGACCUCUACAUCACGGAUUACUGUGUGUGGAUCCAGAAGGUCAAGUCCAAGAAGGUGGUGGCCCUGGCCGAGCCACUACUCAAGGCAUCACUGACGAAGGAGGAUAUGGAGCUGGAGCUGGAUCUUCUGGAGAAGGUGGCGAUGGAGGGAGAAAGUCAAGAGGAGGAGGGCGAUGAGGGGGAGGAAGAUGAGACAGAGGAUGAAGAGGAGGAGGAGGAAGAUGAGAAAGAGGGCCUGAGAAUGGAGGGAAGUUCUUCCUGGUCCCACGUUGAGGGACAGCUCAGCAGUGACAGGACCUCCUUGUCACCGAAGAGCGACCAUCUCUCCAUGAAAGAGGAAGGACCUGCGGCCCCCAGCCAGAGACUCAUCCAGGAGCUGGUGGAGACAGUGGAGGUGGGAUUAAGGGUGUCGGAGCCCGGUGACUGCGAGGUGGGCGCGGCAGACGGCGUGGAGACGCGGGACGUAGGCACCCCUCAGGGGACCCUCCUGGAAGUGCGUCCGUACAAAAACCCGCUGCUGAUUGUGCCCACUGCCGGAGAGGACGACGGCAUCUGGCAGGGGCCCAGCGGCCUGUAAACGCCUGUCAGACAGGUGCCACCCACAGCGUGUGAUGACUGUGACCCUCACAAAGCUUGUCACCCGCUCUGCUUUGCUUCUGUAAAUCCUGCUACCUCCCAUUUCCAUAGAGUAGCAGGUGGAGUCUUUGCCAUAGUCUUUGAGUUUUAUCGAAGGAAAAUAUUUAAACUGAGAAGCCCGGGACUUGACCCCGAGCCCCAGCGUGUUUGACGAGCCUUCUUGGAAUAUUCAUACUUCACAGGAAUUCAAAUUAAUUUCCACUAAAGUGUUUUUUUUAUUUGUUGUAAUCAGUGUUCUUUGGAAUCUGUUCAUCCAUUUCUGCAUCUUAUUGUAACUGUUGGAAAUUAAUAUUAGCUAAAAGCCUGAUCAUUGUUUCUCCUAAGUCUGAAUUAAUCAUUGUUCAUAAGACAGUUGUGCUCAUUCUUGUUCCAUGUUGGUUACACAUUUCAGCUGAAUAUUUUUCCCGAACUUUUGUACAUCUCAUGUGCAUUUUUAUAUUGUUCUGUUGAUUGGAUCAAAAUUAAAACUGGAUUCCUGUUGUGA